AUGACUGUUUCAAGGUUUUUAGUCUUUUCUUCCAAACACCGUUCCACCACUGAAGCUCUCGCUCUUCUUCUACCUAGGCGUGUUCCCUCCAACAAAACUCAAUCUGUUAGAUAUUCAAAUUCUACAAAACGUGAUCAACCAAGACGUGAUCUUCUCCCUGUUUUUCCGUCACAAUCUGAGGGUUCUUGCUUCUCUUUGGGAGCUAAAACUCUUUCAGCUGUUGCUCUAGGAUUUGCCGGGAUUGCGGCUUUUUUUCAUUAUAAUGAUGAGAAGAGAGCUGUUCCAAAAGGUUAUAUGGGGGAUAGCCGCAAUACAAAUAUGGUCAGUGGACCUAUAAUUGUUGGUCCCUUUACACUGGUUAAUAAAGAAAAACAAACCGUUACCGAACGCAAUUUUCUUGGUAAUUGGAUCCUCCUCUACUUUGGCUAUACCUCAUCUCCUGAUAUUGGGCCAGAGCAAGUUCACCUUAUGGCAAAGGCAGUUGAUAUCUUAGAAUCAAAACAGAAUCUUAAAAUUCUACCAGUAUUUGUUACCAUUGAUCCUCAACGCGAUACUCCCUCACAACUCCGUGCAUACCUUGAAGAGUUUAGUUCAAGAAUCGUAGGAUUAACUGGACCGGUUGCAGCUAUUAGGAAGAUGGCACAAGAGUAUCGUGUGUAUUUUAAAAAGGUAGAAGAGGACGGUGCUGAUUAUCUUGUUGACAGUUCCCACAACAUGUAUUUGUUGAACCCUGAUAUGGAGGUUGUGAGAUGCUUCGGAGUCGAGUAUAAUGUAGAGCAGUUGUCAGAAGCGAUAUGGGAAGAGCUGAACAAAAAACCUUUGUGA